AUGUUCAUGACGUUUCGAUGCAGUCGCGAGGAGGAUGGGCGGAUGGACUACGUUGAAACAACACAACGCCACCACCAGGUCAAGGAGAACUCGUCCGGCUCGGCAUGCGUUGCUUGUCGAAAGAAGAAGCUGGGAUGCAGCCGCGAGAAGGAUGGGUGCCGACGGUGUCGUGUGCGUGGAGACGUAUGCGUCUACGAAACACAGCAUAUGCGAGGCAGGAAGUCUCAAGCCGGUGACUCAUUGAGUAGGAAGAACUUCCAGCAGGCAUCUCUGGACUUGAACGAAAUGGAGAAUGUCUCCCCACCUGUUCAACAAGAUAGAAUCUUAGCUCGCGGCGCAUCUCGAACGGCAUCAGACCAGGCCAGCCAAAGUCGGAAUCAGACUUCGAUAGAUACGCAACACAGCCCUCAAACAUCGAUACACGAUUUCUCGGAAAUUCCCGAUGCAGUGAAUAGCACCAUGAGCCCUGCGCCGAAUGAUCGGAUAUCUGAUAAACCCCAGCUCGAUAUUGAGGAUGACUACCUGGCCCAGAUGCUCGAACUUGAUGACGGGCUCUUUGCCCAGGAACUGGCUGGCAUCUCCAACUCUAACCUUAGCCCCGCUGAGGAUGCUGAUACACACACAUCCCAGUCUUCGUAUUUCAAUCCACCCUUCAACGCCAAGCUGCAAUUUCAGAGAAUAUCCGUAGAUCCUCCAAGUGCGAGGACAUCGGGCUCCUCAAGCGACAACGACGAUUUCGGCGACAUGGACGUAUGCGAAUGCACCACCACCGCGCUUCAGAUGCUCGAAGCAGUCGUCGUUUCGUCCAACGGCAACGAUGGAAACUCGAUGGAGGAAAAGCUGUAUCUUCUCAAGCACCACAUCUCGCAAUGUGGCGAUUUAUCCCAAUGCAUCGGAUGCUUACAGGACUCGGGCUUCGCCAUGCUCCUGCUACUUGUGUACCAAAAACUCCAAGCAACACUUGCUGUUCUCACCGGAUGGUGCAAAAAGUCGCUCGAGAAGCCAGAACGCUCGAGACUUCAACAGCCUAGCCAAGCGGCCGGGUUUGUAUCUUCUAACAGCAAAUCGCGGGACAUGACGGGUAUCAUGAGGGCGACAGCGCAAAAGGCCUUGUCCAUGGGGAGCUACAAGAUUGACACGAUGGAAGAACGGCACCACGUGCUCGUGGCUCUCAUCCGAAUCCAGCUCCAGCGGUUAAGUGUCUUGAUCACAUGA